CGGCCACCGCCCCCUCUCUCCGUCCCCUCCCCGCCGCUGCUGCCACUGGCCCCGAGGCUCUAUGGUCGCUGGCUAGAGCUUCGUCCUUGGGGGGCGUCUACUGCGGUCCUGCGGCUUGACCCACCCCGGCGGGCGAACAACAGCAUGGAGGAGUUCGACUCCGAAGACUUCUCCACCUCCGAGGAGGACGAGGACUAUGUGCCUUCGGGUGGAGAAUAUAGUGAAGAUGAUGUCAAUGAGCUAGUGAAGGAAGAUGAAGUGGAUGGUGAAGAACAGACACAGAAAACCAAAGGGAAAAAAAAGAAGACUCAGAGCAUUCCAGCCAGGAAGAGAAAACAAAGUGGCUUCAUCUUCGAAGAAGAGGAGGAUGAGGAUGUUAAUGAGGAAUCUGGAGGAAGUAGCAAUGAGGAAGAAGAUGUACCUGCAGAGCAAGAAAAAGACCUAGGCUUAGAGGAUGCAAGGAAGAAGAAAGAGGAUGAACUCUGGGCCAGCUUCCUCAAUGAUGUGGGAUCAAAAUCCAAGGUGCCACCAAGUACACAAGUUCAACAAGAAGAAACUGAAGAAACAAGUUCAAGCAAAUUAUUGGUUAAAGCAGAAGAGCUCGAGAAUCCUAAAGAUACAGAAAAAGUUAAAAUCACAAAGGUGUUUGAUUUUGCUGGUGAAGAAAUAAGGGUGACUAAGGAAGUGGAUGCUACAUCUAAAGAAGCCAAAUCCUUCUUCAAACAGAACGAAAAAGAAAAACCACAGGCUAAUGUCCCAUCAGCUCUGCCGUCACAUCCUGCUGGGUCAGGGAUAAAAAGAUCAAGUGGCAUGAAUGCCCUUUUGGGGAAAAUUGGAGCUAAGAAACAGAAGAUGAGCACCCUAGAGAAGUCCAAAUUAGACUGGGAGAGCUUCAAGGAAGAAGAAGGCAUUGGUGAAGAACUGGCCAUCCAUAACAGAGGGAAGGAAGGAUACAUCGAACGGAAAGCUUUCCUAGAACGGGUGGAUCACAGGCAGUUUGAAAUUGAGCGAGAUCUCAGACUAAGCAAAAUGAAACCCUGAUGUAUGGAAGGGGAAUCAAGAACAGCUUAAUCCUGUUUACAAUGUGAGCUUCUUGUGCAUCUGUGAAAUGUUUCCAGUGUUUCCCAACAAGGUCUUUUUUUUUUUUUUUUCUAUGUUGAAUUUCUCUUUGUACCUUGAUCUCACAUGGUUUCAUUCAUUUUACUUUUUAAAAGUCCUUAAAAAAAUAAAAAUUAAAAAAGUUAA